ACGAUGCCAGCGGCGGGGAAGCGGCGCUUGGUCUCCCUCCCCGGCUCCAGGUGAAGCGGGCCGAGAGAGGAGCAGCUUCGGCGGCCGGGGGGGCGUAAGCAGCAGCCGGAGCGCUGGGACCCACCGCCGCCGUCGCGUGGAGCAGCGGGCAUGCGGGCUGGCGGCGGUGGGCACCGUGGGUAGCCCUCCUCAACAUGGGGCUGGUUUGCCACGGUGCCAGCAGCUGCCCCGUCUUGGCUAGCGGCACGUCGGACUCCUGGGCGCCGGAGCGGCCGUUGCGGGGUGGCACCGGCGGGGCUAGGAUGAUUUCGGGCUCCUUGAAUCCGCCCCGUUUAGGGAUCGGAGGGAAACUCCUGCAAGGGGUCACCGCCAAUCCCAGCGGCGUCGUCGGAGGAGGCGUCGGUGGGAGCAGCCCCGGUCCCAGCCCGGGCAACGCCACGCAUUGCGGCGAGCAGAUCCUGAGCUACGGCAACGUGGAGAAAGUGGUGAUCGGGGCCGCCUUGACGCUCAUCACCCUGCUGACCAUCGCGGGCAACUGCUUGGUGGUCAUCUCGGUCUGCUUCGUCAAGAAGCUCCGCCAGCCUUCCAACUAUCUCAUCGUCUCGCUGGCUUUGGCCGACCUGUCGGUGGCCGUGGCCGUCAUGCCCUUCGUCAGCGUCACCGACCUCAUCGGGGGCGAGUGGAUCUUCGGCAGGGCCUUCUGCAACAUCUUCAUCGCCAUGGACGUGAUGUGCUGCACCGCUUCCAUUAUGACCCUCUGCGUGAUCAGCAUCGACAGGUGA